AAUUAGGCUAAAGAGUAGCGCUGCGUUUUGGUCUGUUCACAUUUCCGUUUCAUUUUUCUCGAGUUGAGCUGCGAUUUCUUGGGGUUUGGUUUUGUUGCGAGCAUCCAAGCUUGGGGGGAGAUGCAACUAGCGAUUUCUCUACAUUUCGAUGGGUAUCGGUGAUAGAAAUGAAUUGAUUCUUGAUGAAUAUGGUUAUGAUGGUGACCAUUUAAAAUCAUCUGAUGGUCUGAAUCAAAACAAUCCUAGUGAGGAUGCUGUGUUAGAUGAUGCUAUUUUUGAGUUGUACAAGAAAGAUAAAAUCCAAAAGUUGAAGAGGAAGUUGGAUGCUUCUGUUCUUGCUGAUCUGAGAAAUGUCAAGAUGGGUAUCGGCGAUAGAAAUGAAUUGAUUCUUGAUGAAUAUGGUUAUGAUGGGGACCAUUUAAAAUCAUCUGACGGUCUGAAUCAAAACAAUCCUAGCGAGGACGCUGCGUUAGAUGAUGCUAUUUUUGAGUUGUACAAGAAAGAUAAAAUUCAAAAGUUGAAGAGGAAAUUGGAUGCUUCUGUUCUUGCUGAUCUGAGAAAUGUCAAGAGUAAAAAGAUUAUGCAUGACAAGAAAUCAAAACCAACCUCCACACGCUUCUCCGCCAUGUGUGAUCAGAAAAGUUUUGACAUAACUUCAAUAUCUUUUGAUUUCAUGUCUAAACUUGAGAGUUCCUCUUGUUCUGUUCUGCCAUCUCAGUGCCUUUUUACCUACAUUCACAGGCUAAAGAUGGUCUACGCCAUAUUUUUAUAG